AUGUGCAUGUCAGCUAAUUGUCAAGUUUGUGGAGGAAGAACAUGGAAAGGUUGUGGAAAUCACGUAGCUUCGGCAAUGAGCUCAUACCCAAAGGAAGAAUGGUGCAGAUGUGAAUCCGCCAGUGGUGCUGAAUUAAACGGGUUUCCUCCAAAACAAGGUGAUGCCAAAUGA